AUGAAGAGACUUUUGCUGCUGUGCGUGACGGCCUUCUGUCUCGGCGUAUGCAUCGCCGACACGAAGGAAGACAAACAGUUCCCAGAGAAAGAUGGAGUGUUACAGCUGAAGAAGGGGAAUUUCAAAAGGGCAAUGAGAAAGCAUGACCAACUCCUGGUGCACUUCUUUGCCCCUCUGUCGGGAGAAAGCCAGCGUGUGUCUGCAGCUUUCCAAGGAGCUGCAGCGGAGCUCAAGGGGUCAAAGGUCAAGCUGGCAGUGGUUGAUGUGUCAAAAGAGAAGGACCUGGCUAAAGAACUGAACAUGACAGGCCACCCGGUAAUCAGACUGUACCUCUCCGGAGAUAAACACAACCCAGUAGCCUGCCCUGUUCCUCAGAGCUCGGCUUCCAUCUUGACCUGGCUGAAACGGAGGGCAGGGUCAGCUGCUGACCUCGUCACUGAUCUCAGCCAAUCAGAGGCCUCAGAAGAGGUGACAGUGGUUGGAUUCUUUAAGGAGCUGAACCACGAGUACGUCCAGGUGUUCUACGCCACAGCGGUCGAGCUUCCUGACGUCAGGUUUGUGGUGACGCAGGACGAUGACGUCAUCGCCAAAUACGGCCUCACACAUGAUGUUGUUCUGAUGCUCAAAAAGUCUAGGCUCAUCAAGGCUUACAAAAUGAUGCCCGAGACAUCUAAAUGGGACCUGAUUGUCUUUAUCACGAUCUACCAGAUGGACCCAGUCACUGAGUACACUGGGCAGACAGCCUCUCAGAUCUUAUCGUCGCCUGUGUUAAACCACGCUCUUCUCUUUGUCAACAAAAGUUCAGAAGACUUUGAUGAGAUUUUUUCUGCCUUCAGCACCGCUGCAGAGACAUUCAGGAUGAAGAUUUUGUUUGUGUUGGUGAACGUGGCUGAGCUUCGCAAUGGCAGAAUUAUGGAGUACUUCCGGGUGCGGGACUUUGAGGCUCCCCUAAUCCGACUGGUUAACCUGUCAAAUCACGUGACCUACCAUCUGCCCUCUGACGCCCUGAACGUAGAGAUCAUAGAAAAGUUCUGCCAGGACUACCUCGAGGGCAAAGCUAAGCCUAAGAUGCAGAGCGAGCCGAUACCUGAAGGAUGGGACCAAAAACCAGUGAAGGAGCUGGUGGGGAUGAAUCUGGAGAAAGUUGCCUUUAACCCAGACAAGACUGUUUUUGUCCUGUUUUAUCUGCCCUACAGUAAAGAGUCCCGUGCUGUGUUUCCGCUGUGGGAGGAACUAGCUGAGGCCUUUGAGGAUCGCGAGGACGUGGUCAUCGCUCGUAUUGAUGCUUCAGCCAAUGAUAUCAACUUGUCAGUGCAGGGCACGUACCCAUCACUCUGCUUGUUUCCUGCUCUGUAUGCUGAAAGGGUGGUGGUUUACACUGGAAAAACGAAGCUGAAACCCCUGAUUAAGUUUGUAGAGAAGGAGAUGGAGAAAGCUAAAAAAUACAGAGCUAAGGAGGAUGAAGACAGGAGGAAGUACAUCGAGGCCAUGAAAGCUGAGGAGGCAAAAAAAGCCAACAACACCAAAGAUGAGCUUUAA